ACUCAUUUCAUGCACGAAGUGACUAGGCAGGCCUAUUACUAGCAUUUCGUCCGAUAAUAUCGAUAGAAAAGACUAUCAAUCCACACUCCCUUCUAAAGUAAAUUAUCGACGCAAGAGACUGCGCCUAGAAAGUGCAAUAUCAUCAAUAAAUGUAUCGGAUCUGGCUGAGAAAUUAACCAACUACAACCCGCAGGACCAAAACAAAUUCGGCAUUUUGGGGGCAUUGGCAGACAUUGACAUUUCCACACCUGUCAGCAAUUCGACCACAACCAAAAUCAAUGUUCCUCCAAAACCAAAAAUCUCUUGGUGCCCACCGAUUUUUACAUACAAUGUCAACAUAAACUCUCUAGUAGAGUCAUUACGUGCCGCAUCCCCACAGUGCAAUUUUAAAAUUAAAAAUAUAAAUAAAAACAAAAUCAAAAAAUAUUCAGUCAUACUCUUUCACACCCAAGGAUCAAAAGCAGACAUCCCUGAUAAUCCGAAACCUCUUCUCUCUAACUGAACCAGAGGCAAUUAAAAACGAACUAGAUCAGUUAGUUCCUGAAACAGUGGCCAGUGUCUCAAAAUUUAGAACACCGACAUCAAUUAAAAACAACACUGAUACGGGUCUUUUCUUAGUUUGCUUAUUGCCAGGAAAGAAGUUUGGCGAAAUUUCACAUAUUCGCCAACUGCAAUACCAAUCCAUAAUCUGGGAGAAACCCAAAAAAAGGGAUACCUUCGUCCAAUGCCGAAGAUGUCAAGGGCACGGACAUAUAGCACGCAAUUGCAAUUGCUCUUACAGAUGCGUUAAAUGUAAAGACAAACAUCUUCCUGGAGAAUGUAAAAGGUCCAAGACAGACACCUCGGAACCUUACUGUGUUAAUUGCGAAAAAACAGGCCAUCCCGCCAACUGGCGAGGAUGUCCCUCCUAUAAAAAAUAUGCCUCCGACAGGAAAAAAAAGAUGGCAGUAGCAUUAGAAAACAGAGCUCUAGCUCAAAACAAUGUAUCUAAAGCAUUAAACACAUCCAAAUAUUCACCGGAAAAAACUUUUUCAAACUUAUUUAAAAGUGUCACAUCUAUUCCCCAAGAUUCAACCAAAAAACCACAAAUAAUUCAAGACUUCCUUAAGUUAGCAAAUCUUUUUUUGGAACCUGAAGAGCUGACCUUAGAGCAAGAAAUUCAAAUAUUCCUAACAGAAUAUAAAAACUUGUCAAAAACCGAAGCAAAAAAACAAUUUUUAAUGCUUCUUAAUAAAGUUAAAUUGAAUUAUGGACCAUAGAUCACUAAAAUUUCUUACUUUCAAUGUACGAUCCCUUGUGGAUAGAAGUCGACAAAUAGAAUUAAAAAACACACUACUUCACAAUAACAUCGAUAUAGCAUUCAUCCAGGAAUGUCAUCUCAGAUCCAACAUGCGUGUCAAAAUAAGUGGAUACACUUUUGUCUACGAUAAUUCUCCCACUGGAGUUGCAAUUUUCAUCAAGGACUCAAUUCAAUUCAAGAGAGUUUCCGUUCCGGCCACUGGCAUUAAUACGACACUUAUAGAAAUCUCAUCUAACAAUUCAACAAAAAAAUACCUUCUGGGAUCGGUAUAUAUCCCGUGCAGUUAUCCUGUACAGCGCCUCGAUCUUGAUCUGAAUACAUUACUUCAGUUAUCUAGCAACUUUGAUGGUUUCAUCUUUGGAGGGGACUUAAACUCCAAAAGUCCAACAUGGGGCGACUCCUACGAAAACUCAAAUGGAAGAGUCUUGAGGUCCUGGUUAUCAGAUAAUUCUAUGGAUGUCAUCAGGAUAUGCGAUACUAGCCCAUCGUAUCCAAGUGGUACCUCUUACCUGGAUCAUUUCCUACUCAGCAACCAUUUAAUCAACAGUAGAAAUCCUAACUAUACUAUAUCCACUAGACCCACUUUCUCGGAUCAUUUCCCCAUUAAGUUAGACCUAAAACUUGAUCAUUUAAACAUCGAUUUGACGCCUCCGCAAUUCUUCAUAUCUUAUAAAAACACUAAUUGGCAUAACUUUCGUCAGGACAUAGACGUUAUCUCACGUCAAAUAAUGCCUUCCAUCAAUAGGAACCUGACCAAUGACGAGAUUGAUACCACUCUAAACGGUUUUAAGAGUCAUUUUUCCAACAUCCAUGAAAUACACUCCGAAAAAUUUAAAAUAGAGGAUAGGAGCCUACCAUACUCGGACAAAAUCAAGAAAAUCCUACAAAUUAAACAUCAAUGGCAACGAAAUCUCAAAAAAAUCUUCCAUCGUUCAGGCAACAGGACAAGCCGUGAGUACUCCAUUCUUUCUAAUCAAAUUCAGCUCUUGAAAAUAAUAAUAAAGGAGCUAGUCAAAAUAGAAACUGCCCAAAUAUUUAAUGAUAGAUUGCAAAAAAUCAAACCUAGUCCGUCCGCCUUUAAAGAAAUACACCGAUUUACAGGAAGCAAUAAAUCAUCUUUCUGCCGUCAGAUCAACCAUGCUAACAACACUAUUACAAACAGUAACGAGAUUGCAGAUCAUUUUAAGAAUUUUUAUUCCACCAUAUUUGAAGGCUCAACAACACUUCCUGCCUCAGAUGAGCAUAAUUCUACGCUAUUAACAUGUAUCAACUCAACACCAACUCAUAUAUAUUCAUUCGAUGAAAAUUUUAAUUCUCUCCACAAUCCAGACACAUACCACUUUACUUCAUCUGAAAAUAUAAAAAACAUUAUUUUCAACAUCAAUUCAAAAAAAUCUAGCGGCCCUGAUGAAAUCUCAAACUUUAUAAUCAAGAGAUUUCCAGAAUCCACAAUUAAUUUACUCACGUGCCUUUUCAAUAAUUGCAUUAACAACGGAUACUUUCCCAAACAAUGGAAAGUUGCCAAAAUCAUACCCAUCAAGAAGAAAACAACAAAUUGCAACGUUGAUGACUUUCGCCCAAUUUCCCUUUUGUCAAAUAUUGGUAAAAUACUGGAAGUAGUGCUGAAAGAAAAAUUAAACAAUGAAUUAACUAUUGAUCCAAUAUCAAACUACCAAUUUGGCUUCAAAUCUGGACAUUCCACUCAGCACGCACUUCUCAAGUUUCAUAACGACGUAACAACAAACUUAAGGAGUCAAUCAUGCACAGUUGCAAUAUCAUUGGAUAUACAAAAAGCGUUUGACUCAGUGUCUCACCUCGGUAUUUUGUUCAAAUUAAUUCAACUUGGAGUAGAUCCAUUUAUUAUAAAAAUGCUAAAGAGUUUCUUCAAUUCUCGUAAAUUUAUGGUUCAGAUCCGGAAUACAUCAUCAUCCUUGGGCCACGUAAAUAGCGGCGUUCCUCAAGGUAGUAUCUUGGCACCAUACCUUUUUAACCUGUUUCUUCAUGACUUUCCACACAUGUAUCAACAUUCCAAAGCAAUCCUGUAUGCAGAUGACUGCAUAGUCUACGCACAUAAUCCUUCGCCAGUCAUUGCCAUGAGUGUUGCUUCAGAACACCUACACAUAAUCAACAACUUUUAUAAACAAUGGGGUAUUAAAAUAAAUGCCGCUAAAUCGGUAGCCAUAUGCAUACGUAAUGCGUCGGGCAAAUGCCCACGAAAAGUUGUACCAGAAAGCAAGCAAUUAAAAUUGUCUUUAGAAGGAGUAGAAAUUCCUUUCAGCACAUCCUUAAAGUACCUUGGUGUAACAUUCAAUCAUCUCCUAAAAUUCAACGACCAUGCUCGUUCCAUCAUGCAAAAAGUUAAAGGUAUAUUAGCGAGUUUUUCAAACAUCCUUAACAGCAAUUAUUUACCUCAAAACACCAAGCUGCUCCUAUAUAAGGUGGCAAUUAGAUCUAUCCUAACAUACGCGUUUCCAAUCUGGUUUCCUAUUUCCCCAAUAGUUGCCAACGAAUUGGAAAUCCUGGAAAGAAAGGUCUUAAGAAAAUGCACAAACAAAUAUUAUCAAUCUCAUCACAAAAAAUUCUCCAAUACUUACAUAUACAAAAUCUCUAACGUUGUGCCAUUUUGUAAGUACGCCCAACAACUUCAAAGGAAGUUUGUAGAGAAAUUGGCUACUCACGAAAACCAUAUUGUAAGCGAAAUCCACGAAAUCGAGAAAAAUAUAUCCUGGUCAGAUUCGUCAUAUCUGUCUACAGUGGGUAUUCUCAACGAACCUACUGAAGAUGUCGCAGAUGACUAUACCUUACCACGCUUCUACAUUAAAUCAGUACCUGGAACCCACAGAGGUUAAUCAGUAAAAUUAGUUAAUUAUAAUAAUUCAUUAUUUGUUACAAAAUAUAUACACUUUUACUUUUAAGCAGCCUAUACUGUAGAUCUCUCUUUAUGAGAAUUCGAUUUAUUAGCUGAGAACUUACUGUGAUAUUCAAAGAAUAAGAAAUUUUUAUGUAUAAUUACACAUUCUGUGUAAGAGCACUGACUGUCACUCCGUUUUGAUGUCAUAUUUUGUUAACUAGUUUUAAGAUUUUGUUAAUUAUUUAUUUAUUAUACACAGUCAUUAGCACUGUUAGUUACAGUUGAGGCCGGGAGCAAGCCUUAUAUACUUCAUUCAUUGUUUACAUUUUGUGUAUUGAUUUCACAAUUCGCAUGUAGCAUAUUAUACACUUUCAUUGUACGUUAGAAUAAGACAACAAUAGUUCUAACAGUCUCAAUUCAUGUUAAUCGUUCACUUUGUAUUUAAAUGUACCAUCGAAAAGAAGAAGACUCAAUAAAGUAAUGUGGCGUUUCCACUGCACUUGAUUCGCUCUCUAUUCGUUGUUUGACCCUUAACUAUGAAAAAACUACAUUAUUCUUCACACAAAAUUUCCUGAGCGAACACUCAUAUUUGUACGUUGUUCAAAUCAAAUUACUCUCAGAACAACGAAAAAAUAUGUCCCAUCCCUAACAAAUGAGAGCAUUUAUCGAAAAAAUAAAUUAUGACAUUUAAAAAUUAAAAAUAGAAAAAUUUAAUGAAAUUUUAAAAAUUUUUGGGAAGACUGAAAAUUAUGAAUGAAAACUACAAUAUUGAAUGGCGUAUGUACAUUCAAACGAAAGUACAUUUUGUUUUCUCUCUCAUUCGAGGUACGCAUUUUAUCCACGAGUUGAAAUUUCCACAGAAAACUGCAAACAAAAGAGGCAAUAUUUUCAAAAACUUUGUAUCGGCAGAAAAAAUGUUUGACAAGUGUCUCUCCAGCAAAAUUUAAAAAUAGAAAAAUACAAAAAUAUGUUCAAAAUGUCAACAUUUGCACAAAAAGUUGAAAACGUGAAUGAAAAUUAUAAAAUUAAUGAUAUAAUAAAUCUUUGGGAGAAAAACAAUCAUUUCUUCUAUUCAUAUUAGUGAGAAUUUCAUGUAUUUUCGUAUGAAUUCCCAUUAAAAUCAACAAACAAAAUUUUUGAAAAAAGGAAUUAUUUUACUAUGAAUUACGAAUCGUGCCGUAUGAACGGGUUAAUUCGUGUACAUAAUUCUGAGAGCGAACAACGUUGUUCGGUUUCCAAUGGAAACAUGCUAUAACUUACUUACUUACUAAGUAAAUUAUCGAUACGAUCGAUUUUGCUGUCGAUUCAUUGCCAGCUCUAUUAAGAUGGCGACGCGUUGUUUUGGGGAAUAAUUUAGUAGAUCGAAAAAAUAAAUUAAUAUAUAAUUUGUGAAUUAUUUAGUAUUAAAUUUAAUACAAGAUUUAAAAUAAUUGCCGCGGCGAGAUGUGAUGUGCUUAUAAUAAUAUAAAAAAAAAACAAAAA